AUGGUUGGAUCAGACCAGAUCAUAAUUGAUGAAGUUGAAAUGGGAGUACACAUCGUACGGAAUAAAAUAGGAGAGAUUUUUCAAGAUGUAUUUGUUAGAGAAGUGAAUCGUCUGAUCUAUGUAGCAGUGAAUGAACACCGCGAUGGUAGUAAAAUGGAUGAUUUAUCUCAACUGCAUCACACUUGCUUGACCAUGGAUGCUCAAGAGGCGUGGGCAACAUAUUUUGAAUACGUGAAAGGAAAAGUAGACUUGAAAAAAUUAUGGAAGCUUGCACAGCAGGAAGUGGAAAAUAGACUAAAUUUGCAGUUAAAAGAGCCUUGGAUGAAAUAUUUAGUUUGCCUUUGUAAGAUGGAUACUACCACAGUCUAUUUACUCUAUAUGGACUUUUUAAGAAGGGACGAAUGCCAUCAACUUGGGUGUUAUGAAUACAUGUUUGAGAAAGAUUGUUCACAAUAA